AUGCUGCCCAACUACAUGCUCAAGUCGCUGGCGGCCGCCGCGGCGUUGCUUGGAGCCAGCCGGGCGACGAGCUGCGACAAGCUGGACGAGCUGGACGAGCUGCCCGAGCUGCGCGAGCUGUGCAAGACGCCCGGGCUGUACGAGCUGCACAUCCUCGCCGGCCAGCGCGUCGUGUAUUCCUACUCGUCCACGGAGCCGCCGGAGCACUUGCUGCGUCUGACCGAGGCCGGGCUCGUCGGCGGCAUCAUCCUGUUCUCCGAGAACAUCGGCCCCAACACGAAGCAGACCGUGGACGCGUUCAAGGAGGCGUACAGGAAAUCGCCCGCGCCCCGUGUGCUCAAGAGCAAGACGCACCUCAAGGGCCAGGCCCGCUUCAUGGUCAUGAUGGACCAGGAGGGCGGCAAGGUGCGCCGCAUAAAGGACCAAGAGCCCAAGCGCAGCGCCAAGGAGAUCGGGGCUUCGAGCGACCCGGCCGCCGAGGGAGCCAAGGCCGGAGCCGGCGCCGCCGCCACUCUCCUCACCUACGGGUGCAACGUGAACCUGGCGCCCGUGCUCGACAUCUACAGGCAGCCCGGCGACUUCACCGACUUCUACCAGCGCUCGUUUGGAAACACCUCGGACCAGGUGGCCAGGGCGGCCGUGCCCUUCAUCGCCGCCCAGCAGGCCCGGGGCGUGGCCGCCUGCGCCAAGCACUUCCCCGGCCUGGGCGCCGCGCCGCACGACGCCAACACGGACGCGCGGCCCGUCGUGCUGAACCAGACCCUCUGCGACAUUCGCACCGUCGACGAGGCGCCCUACAAGGAGGCCAUCCGCGCCGGCGUCGCCCUCGUCAUGUUCUCGUGGGCCGUGUACUCCGCCGUGGAUGACAAACCGGCCGGCCUGAGUAAGUUCUGGGGAGACGAGCUCCGUAGAAAGCUGCGUUUCGAGGGCGUCACCGUCACCGACGCCCUCGAGGCUGGAUCGCUCGACGCCUACGGCGGCUUCGGCGAGAGGGCCGUCGCUGCUACAGCCGCCGGCGUCGAGUUGAUCAUCACGAGCGGGAGGGACCCUACGCAGGGAGAGGAGGCGAGAAACGGGAUCGUCGGGGCCGUGCAGAACGGGACGCUGGAUCGGGGGGCCUUUGAUGAUUCCACGAAGCGCAUCGCCCUUAUGAGGAGCAACAUUGCGCGGUAG